ACACAAUACGAUUCCCAAUUCUCCUCCUUCAACACAACUCGGACUGAAGCACCGAGGACUGCAACCAUGUCUCUCCCCUCUCGCGAAACAGAAAUGAGGGCCUCGGCCGACGCGGCCUCAAACUUCGCAGACGCCUACUACGAAGCCCUCAACCGCCGCAAACAAGGCGGCACCCUCGAAAAGUUCUACACGACCUGCUGCUCCAAAUACCCCUCCCCGCCCGACAUCUCCAUCAACGGCGCCGUCCUCCAGGGCGGUCCCGACGAGUACGUCGCCUUACUCGACGCGCAAGGCGCCGACGUCCACCACGAGGUCGAGUCCCUCGACGCCCACGUCGUCAACAGCGAUUUCUCCCUGGGUUGCCCCGAGCACCUUCAAAAGGGCGACGAAAAGGGCGCAAAGUGCAGCAUCAUGGCGCAGGUCACGGGCAGGGUACACUACGGCAGGGGCCGGGAUGCUCCCGCAAAGACGUUCAACGAGGUGUUUGUGCUGGUGCCGAAUUGGGAUACGUUUGGCAAGAAUCCGCCGAGGGGCGCGAGGCGGUGGUUGAUUAUGAGCCAGAACUUUCGCGCGCUGUGA